AUGGUCUACCCUACAGAUGCCCUGGUUGUAUUUGCCGUCGGGGAAGAACCCCGAUUUAGCCCGGUGACGCUGGAUACGAUACGGGACGACGAGCUCUUGGUGGAAAUCCACGCUACGGGGAUCUGCCACACUGAUAUUGCUUGCAUGGAGGGCAAGUUGCCGGCUGCGUUUCCUUGUAUUUUGGGACAUGAAGGCGCUGGGGUGGUCCUCCAGGCAGGCAAGGAGGUAAACGAUGUCAAUAUCGGCGACAAGGUUAUUCUCAGCUACAACUUCUGCAAAACCUGCCCCCAAUGCCAAUCCGGCCACCCAGCCUACUGCGAAAACCUGGUAGCGCAAAACUUCGGCGGCAAGCGGACGGAUGGAAGCAGAACCAUAUCGCUCCCAACCGGUGAACCAGAGGUUUUUGCCAAUUUCUUCGGCCAGAGCUCUUUCUCUCGCGUUGCCAUUGUCAGCCGUGCCUCGGUGGCGCGCGUCGCAGCGGAUACACCGCUUGAUACCUUUGCUGCCUUGGGGUGCGGGGUGCAAACCGGGGCAGGCGCAGUCCUGCACACCCUCAACGUGCGUGAAGGGAACUCGGUGGCCGUGUUUGGCGUGGGCGCCGUCGGCCUGAGCGCUAUUAUGGCGGCGAAGCUGCGAGGGGCAAGGACUAUCAUCGCGGUGGAUCUGGAGGCCUCGCGAUUAGAGAUGGCGCGUGAGUUGGGGGCUACCCAUGCACUACUGGGGGGGUCGGAAAAUCUUCUGCAACAGAUCCGAGAGAUCUGUGCGCCUUCCAAUGGCGUGCAGUUCGCGGUUGACUGCUCUGGGGCUACGCAGGUGGUAGAGACGAUGUUGGAUUCAUUGGCAACCCGUGGACGGGCCGCCAGCGUCGGUGCCCCAGCGCCAGGCAGGAGAGCAGGCGUGGACGUGUUCUCUCAUCUAACGCUUGGACGGGAGUACGUAGGUUGUCACCAAGGGUCAAGCGUGGCCGAGCAGAUGAUUCCGUACUUGAUCGAGCAGACCAAGCAAGGCAGGUUUCCUAUGCAGAAGCUCCUUACAUUCUAUCCCGUCGAGCAAUACCGUGAGGCAUUCCAAGACUUGAAACAGGGGCGAGCAAUAAAAGGAGUUUUGCGCUGGAAGGAGAGCGUCUGA